AUGGCCACACCCGCACCAAAGAUCGGCAUCAUCACGGGCGGCGCCUCGGGCAUGGGCCUCGCCGUCGCCAAGGCCCUCGCCGCCAAGGGCUGGAGGCUGCACCUCUUCGACCUCAACGAGGCCACGGGGCGGGCCGCCGAGUCCGCCGUGCCGGGCUCCUCCUUCUCGCGCGUCGACGUCUCGUCGUACGAGGAGCAGGCCGCCGCCUUCGACCGGGUGUUCCGGGCCGAGGGCCGCCUGGACUUUGUCUUUGCCAACGCGGGCAUCUUUGAGAAGGGCAACUUUUACGAUACCGCUGCUGGUGACGCCAGUGACGGCCCGCCGCCGCCGCCGCCGCCGCCCAACGAGGCGUGCAUCGACGUCAACCUCAAGGGCGUGAUCCGCACGACCUACCUGGCGCAGCACUACUUCCGCAGGAGCCCGCACCGGGGCCAAGGCGCCACGAUCAUCACCACGGCCAGCGUGGGCGGAAUCUACCCGCAGGAGUUCACCCCGCUCUACGCCGCCUCCAAGGCCGGCAUCUUGCACUUCACGCGCACCGUCGCGCGCAAGCUGCACGCCGACGACGGCAUCCGCGCGCACGCCCUCUGCCCGGCGGCCGUGCGCACGGCGCUCCUGGGCGACGAGGUCUGGAGCAAGCACGCGGCCGAGCACAUGACGCCGCUGUCGACGGUGACGCGGGCCGUCGAGAUGCUGCUGCUGCUCGGCGGCGUCGGCCGUGGUGGAGGAGAGGACGUGGUCGUCGACUCCAAGGGCGUGGUGGCGGGCCGGGACUGGGGCCUCGUCGUCGAGCUCAACGUGGGCAACAUCUACUUCCGGCCCGACCCGGAGUACUGCGACGACGUGCUGAGGGAGAUCAUGACCAAGACGACGACGGAGACGAUGGGGGACAGCCAUAUGAAGUAG